AUGCCUCCAUCUGACACUACUACUUUAGGUUCUUUCAAACGAUCAAGGGAAAUCUCGGACUCUCUCUGGACAUGCAAACCGCCCUCCAAGAAAUCAUCUGGCAUUCCCACUGCACAAACGGAGGAUACAUAUGGUCUGUCCAGAUCUCAACCUGGUUGUGACUACUCCAGCACUUCCUUAAAAAAUCUCACGCCUCUGGCAACACCUACCAAAAAGGCCCUUUCCUCGCAGGGAAAAGAUGGCUUCAGCGACUGCCAAAAUAACUCAAACCUCGAGACUCAUUUCUCCGGUCUCAAAUUGUGCUUGCCCAAAAACAAUUCCAAAGUUUUUGACAAAGAUGUCAAGAUAGGGAAUUGUGAAAAUGCUAUCACUACCACAGACCAUCAUAUAUUCCGCACACCUGAAAUCGUGGACCAAAUACUCAGAUAUGUCGACUCUGAUGCUACAAUACCGCGAGAGAAAGUCCGGCAUCGACGCAAACCUCAAGCUUACACUCAUGCCCUGCUGCUAUGCGACGGCGACGAGACAAAGGCUAAAAAAAUGUGGGAUGAGUGCACCCGGCCCAGCGCUCAAUUGGCAGUAAGCAAACGCCCAAGGCUGCAUAGCUGCUCCCAAGUCAAUAAGCUGUGGCACAGAAUUGCACUUAGCAUCAUAGCCGAAAAUCUUUAUUUUACGGACUCCAAAAAGGUGCGCAAGCUCGCGGCCAAUGUGUCCAAGCUUCGUAAUCGGUUGUCAAAACCAUCUGCAUUUGUUUUGCAUAAGCUCAGUAAGCUCGAGCAAAACGAACUGAAUGCCUUGAUCCCCAUCGUGUCAUCGGAACGGUUGAAAUGGCUUGAAUUUUACAUUUGUCCCAAAAUCAUCCCGCCCGUCCCAUUAUUCCAUCACUCUCAAAAUCUGGAAAAGCUAGUUCUGCCCGGAAAUCAGUUUGUAGAUGAUGAAUUCCUGAUGAAAAUAGCGCCUUUUUUGACAAAGCUCAAGACUCUCGAUUUGCGGGCUUGUGACAAAAUAAGCGAUGGCGGAGUCUUGUCCAUCGCUGCCAAUUGUCCGGAUCUCAAUGUCUGCAACUUGGGCAGACACAGAAAUGGGAAAGCAAUCACCAGCGUUUCGAUGGUGGCCUUGGCGCGGAAUACUAAAGUUGAUACGGUUGGGGUGGCAGGAUGUCACAUCACAGACGCUGGCGUCUGGGAGCUUGCUCUUCAUCUUGGUCCACGCAUCAGAAGAUUGUCGCUGAACAAUUGCCAAUUGCUAACAGACAACUCCUUGCCCACUUUACUUGCCCUCAGCUAUUUCCCGCAUCUUUCUGUUCUUGAAAUUCGCAACUUGGACCGGCUCACGAACGUGCUUCCAAUUGUGAAUUUCGUACGCUCCAAAAGAUCCCAGGGCAUACCUUUAUUGGUGGAAGGAGGCGAAAGAAUUGACUCAAUGAUGAAAGACGCCGAGCGUCGAUUGAACCAGCAGGAGUCUGCUCACAUUCUCGCCGCUUUCACCAACUGGGUCAACGAAGACGACAUGCUGUAA